GUUGAACCCGGAAGUAAAAGACGAUAUCGUGACAGCGAGUAUCUUACACAUCAACUCAUCGAUAUUAAGCGUGUCCAAUGAUGCAAUAGCGUUUUCAAUAUCAAGAUGAGUGACAGUUUAACGAAUGGCGAGAGCGACGUUUCCUUGUUUGAUGGCUCGAUACUGAAGGAGCUGGAUUUCUCCGAAUGUCUGGCCACGUACAAGCCCACCAUCUCUCAUACCAGCCCUGGGGAAAACCUCAUCAUGAGGCCGCUGCAGCUGUCAGACUAUGAGAAAGGCUAUAUGAAGCUGCUGACACAUCUAACAGUUGUUGGCGAUGUUACCAAAAAAGAGUUUGAAGACAGGUUUUGCAAGAUGCGAGGGUGCGCAGACAGCUAUUACGUGGUUGUUGUUGAAGACACAUCAGUCGGGAAGGUGAUAGGCUCAGUCACACUGGCAGUCGAACAAAAGUUUAUACGACAGUGCUCAAGUAGGGCAAGAGUUGAGGAUGUUGUUGUGGACGAUGAAUACCGGGGUAAACAGCUAGGCAAACUGCUGUUGGAUGUGGCAAUGUUGCUUAGUAAGAAGAUUGGGUGUUACAAAGUCUCCCUUGAAUGUAAAGACAAACUGGUGCCAUUCUACGAGCAGUUCGGAUACGUGGCUGGCGAACAAAACUACAUGGUCAAGCGAUACCAAUAAUCUGAGUGUGAUAUAUAGUGGCUUGGGUUGCAGACAAUGCAGGCUUUUUUAUUACCAAAUUUUACCAGUUUACAAUUUAUCCUCCUAAGAAUAUAAAUGAAGUUAUAGGUUGCGAAAUCUAGGUUGUUUCAAUGAACUUGGCAUAAAUUGUUUCAGUUUUAUUUCCCAUGUUUACUCAAAAAGUGAUUAAGUUAUUAAACUGCCCCCUCCCGCGUAUUAUCUAUGGUAGAGUUUAAUCUACAGAAGAAUUCGGUCCGGUUUAUGUUUAUGUGUCAACAUAGGGCACCAUCCUGUUAAAAUAUCUAUCAUUGCCUAAAAAUCCUCUGCACCUUCUCCUCUCAGAUAAUAUCACUUUGAAAACAAGUAUUAAUACAAACUUCUAUUUUGUCUUUGCUCCAUAAUCAUAUAGCAAUAAUGGCAAAGCUUUCCCUAAACACAUAAGCUUGUAAAUUUUCUUCAUUGUUAACUAUUAUUCAUCUCACAGUAAGAAAUCUGUUUAAAUAGCAGUUAAUUAGUACAAAAAAUUCCCCAUCCAAAAAGCAAAGGAACCCCUUAACAGAAAAAUGACCUGCAUUGUCAUGUCACUCGCAAAUGUUGUGCUCAUAAUUUAUCCUCAGACAGGCUGUUAAUUAUGCGUUGUUUAAUUCAAGUAGGCUGUGGGUUUUUUUUUAUUUCUGAACUUGAAUUGUGUAUAAUUUCAUAUGUAUACCAUAAGGCAUUAAACACACCUAUUUGGCCUGUGAUUUAUAUUUUAAGCUUACUUGUAACAUCGUAUUUGAAGAUGUAGAAGUAAACAAACAUUCCAUAUUUCAUUCAAAAAGGCCUAAAAAAAUAACCUGUGUUAAGGGCAGCCAGACCUAACCUGGCAAAACCUCUCGGCCUUAAGAGGAUUUUAUAAACGCCCAAUUUUUUUAAAAAAAAUCGGAUUUUCCAAUUUUUAGUUAUCGUUUCCCAUGAAAUCCAUUUGUGUCGAUUACAUUUAAAAUCAGGGAGUAUUAAUUAUGUAAUACACAAUAAAUUGUAAUGUUAUGGAAAGUAUGCACAACUUGCUUUUCUGUUUUGACUGGACUUGCAACAAAAACAAUACUUUAUUGCUACGCAACCAUUUUUGAGACUGUUGCCCUUAACUGAGAGAAUUUUUUUAGGCCUAACCAGCAUUAAACUCACACCUUAUUCUUACUCUUAUUGGAACUAAUUGUACAUGUAGUACAUUAAUUUUGUUUUAUUUCAUUGACUGUUUGAAUGUCAAAACUUUCAUAUCUUUAUUUUGUGUCACCUGCUAAGCAUUGCCAGACCUUUUGGGAUUACUUAGUCCAGCAUUGUCAUUGUCCGUUUAUGAUCAUUAAGGACUUGUUCUAGAGUCUUCAAACUUGGUACACAAAUUGGUCAUAGUCAGUAAAUGACACCUGAAGAUUUUGGGAUCUAAAGGUCAAGGUCAUGGUGACUGAGUAGACAAAUGAUGGGCACUCCCAACAGGCAAUACACACAAUUUACUGAGUUCUAGUUUAUCAAAAGAAAUUCAGCUAAAUUAUUUUGCUUUCUUGAAUUAUGUAUAUCAUACGCUCAUUGAGUCCCAGUCUUCAUGAGGAAGACAUUUACUGGUUGUGAAUCUCCCAUGGCAGCAUAAUAUUAAUGUCGCUGUUGUCCUUAUGUAGGUCUAUCAUGACAGGUUGUAACUGAUUUUGUCUGCUAUAUACAUAGCUAUUUACUAAAAACAUCGAAAAUCAUGUAUGAGAUAAAUUGAGCUGCUGAUAAGCCAAACUUGUUUUCAAAUUUCAAAGUUGUGUUUUGUGUGUUUUAGAAUACAAUUUGAUAAUAAGCAUGUUUACUAUUUAAAUUGAUUAUUACAGCAUUGUUAAGAAUUGUUUUUUUGAAGAAAUUACUUGUAAAGACCUUUUUUGCGAAUACCGUUUUUAGCCAGAUUAUGCUCCGAAAUCGAUAAAAAGAAUACAUUUUUGGAUAGUUCAAAUCACAAUUUCAUUUGAAAUGGGAGUUGAACUAUGUAGAUGGAACUUAACAAGAGGUAGUAUGCGCAAAAAGGACUAUAUAAUGGUUGGAUUUGGUUCGGUCAGAAAGUACAACUGAGAUUUAGAGUUUCUAUGCAAUAUACAUGUAUGUUGUAACUGUUUUGUUGUGAUAAGAAUUCUCAAAAAGUUUUACAACCUCAAAAUGCACUUACUCAUAUAUCAAGGAUUUUAUAGUUGAGGAUAAAUCCUGAUAUCAAGAUUGUGAGAUUUUAACUUCAGACUAUUGUACAGUUGUAAAGAUGUUUUUUUUCUUUCAUGCUUAACGAUGAAAUAUGGGGUUUAAACAGUGAAAUAACAACAGUGAAAAUAUCAAUUUCAAACACUGAAAAUAUGUUUUUCUAUGACACUCAUGAAAUAAAAUACGAUCUUACACUGAAAUGAACAAAUAUCCUCUAUGGCUUGGACAUUUGUAUCAAAAGCAGUAGGAAGUACUUUGAUAUGGCUAUAAAUGACUGAGGAAACGAAUUUAAAAGGGGUCUUUUUUAAAGCUGCACUCUCACAGAUUGAACAUUUUGACAACUUAUUUAUUUUUUGUCUUGGAACGGGCCAAUUUUUGCGAAAAUUCAUGGCAACCAGCUAUGUAAGACUGCUGACAAGAAAUUAGAUCACAGAUCUUUAUAUUUAAGUUGAAAAAUUGAUGUUUUAUGCAUUUUUCUUAAACUGUUAGUAACAGUUAAAGCCAUAAAACAUUAAUUUCGAACGGAAAUAUGAAAAUCUAUGAUCUGAUUUUUUGUCAGCAAUCUUAUAUUAUUAUUGGUUUGCAGAUAUUUACGGAAAAAAAAUCCUUUUCCAAGACAAAAAAAAGGUUGUAAAAAUGGUAUACCUGUGGGAGUGCAGCCCUUUUACACUGCUCACGGCAUGACUCCCCAGACUUAAACAGACGGCCAGCUAUUGUCAUGAUAGACAUUUGGUAGCGGUUAAAACCCUAGAUUAUGUCAUUUCUAAUGUUUAUAGUGUUUUAGAUUUAUGUUCCAUUUUUUUUAAUUUUUCGACUUCAGCAAAAAUAGCUGUUUGUACAUUUUGAGGUUUGUACUAAUAUGAGUGCAAUACAGUAUUAGACUUUGGGCCAAUUACUGAAUACUUUGUUAAAGUUAACUUUGUUAACACUAUCAUUGUUAACUUUUAAAGAAUAAUUUUUAUUGUGUGCUCAUAUAUUUAAAUAAAACUAGAAAUAAAAGCUGGAAUGUUUUUCUCAAAUCUUGCACGAAAUACGGCUGAUCACAAGAGAGACAAUAAAACGCACAAGGUAGUAAAGAUUUGAAAGUUAGUGAUGUUAACUUUAACAAAGUUCUGCAGAAUAGUCGCAAUGUAUUUUUGUGUUAGAUAAAAAAAAUUAUACUUGCUACUUGUUGAUGUUUAUAAUUUUAUAUCAGUAAACAGAUCAUAACUGCUGUGUUGUCAAUAAAUAUAUAAGUGUUGUGAUAAACAUGUUUUGGUAAUUAAGAGAAGUUUAUUUACAAAAUUAUUGUAAAUUGCAGUGGUCAAAAUUAGCACAGACUAGUAACCAGUGUAGUGAUAAAAUGCAUUCCAAGCUUGCUCAAAUUCUGGAUUCUAUGUGGCUAGGUUUGUCAAAAAAAAAAUAUACCAAGCUCUAGUGUUUGGCUUAUUCAUUCAAAAGUCUUAAUUCCUAAAACUGAAAUUGUCUUUAUGAUAAAUAUUGUGUGAUAUGGAUAUACAGAGAAGAAUAGUUGCCAAAGAUAUUUACAUAAGUCAACCUUAUUUGUUAUUGUAAUUAACCCGUCAUGACUAAAUAAAGGUCCAAACACUUCUAUUCGGAAUUCCUCCCUUUUUAUACAUACGUGUAAGAAAACUAUUCAUUUACUAACUUCUUAGUUUUAAACAUGCAUUUUGAAAUUAAGUUAUUGAAAGUAUAUACAUUAAUGAUAUUCAAUUGUUUAUAAAAAGUCACUCUUUAUUCACUUGAAUCUCAGAUAAAAAAAUGUUAUAAAUAAGUAUCUUUUCCUAGCCUAUGUUAGUAUUGUAACAAUCGUCUCACUUCAAAAUGUCGGAGCUGCAUGUUUUCCGGUUUUGGAAUUUUCCCUCUCUAAAAUCAUAAAGGCGAGAUAAUCUAAUUGCAACAUGCCCAAUUUAAAGAUCAAUGAAAAAAGUGGGCGAACAAUGAUUAGACAUCCCUCAGAGAAAUAGAAAUACCGAACCUCAAGAAUGGGUAAUAUCAAAAAUUGAAACUUUG